AUGUCGGGGGAGGAAGACUUCUACCUCUUUGAGAACGUCUCCUCGGUGGGGCCGUGGGACGGGCCCCAGUACCACAUCGCCCCGCUCUGGGCCUUCUACUUCCAGACGGCCUUCAUGGGCCUGGUGUUCUUCGCCGGCACGCCCCUCAACGCCGUGGUCCUCCUCGUCACCGUCAAGUACAAGAAGCUGCGGCAGCCGCCCAACCACAUCCUGGGCAACAACUGCGGGGGAGGGGGCUUGGGGUCCUGGGGGUGUCGUCUGGGCACAGGGCAGGGCCGGGGCCGCACGGUGAGUGACUCCCCUUGUGCCUGCUGGUCCCUGGCCUUCCUGGCCUUUGAACGCUACAUCGUCAUCUGCAAACCCUUCGGGAACUUCCGCUUCAGCGCCAAGCACGCCCUGAUGGCGGUGGCGGCCACCUGGGUCAUCGGCAUCGGGGUCUCCAUCCCGCCCUUCUUCGGCUGGAGCAGGUUCAUCCCCGAAGGGCUGCAGUGCUCGUGCGGCCCGGACUGGUACACGGUGGGGACCAAGUACAAGAGCGAGUACUACACCUGGUUCCUCUUCGUCUUCUGCUUCAUCGUGCCUUUCUCGCUCAUCUGCUUCUCCUACUCCCAGCUGCUGGGCGCCCUGCGCGCCGUAAGUACCCGCUGCGGGGACACGGCCUGGGGAGGGGUGUGUGUGCGAGAGACGGGCGUGUGCACGCUUGUGAGCGCGUGA